UGUGUGUGAGUGUCUGAGUGUGUGUGUGUGUAUUUUCCUGCCACGAUGAGCAGCAGUAGCUUCGUGAACAUGGCGACGUUAGGAGACUUCGACGCGCUGAACGCCACCGUCCCCGCCACCAAAGUUGAAAUCACAGUCUCGUGCAGAAAUCUGCUCGACAGGGACACUUUCUCCAAAUCUGAUCCAAUCUGUGUGCUGUACAGCCAAGGCAUUGGCACCAAGGAGUGGAGAGAGUUUGGGAGGACCGAAGUCAUAGAUAACACGCUAAACCCGGACUUUGUGCGGAAGUUCAUUCUGGACUACUUCUUUGAAGAGAGACAGAACCUUCGGUUUGAUCUGUAUGACGUGGACUCAAAGAGCACCAACCUUUCCAAACAUGACUUUUUGGGACAGGCGUGCUGUACUUUGGGGGAAAUAGUAGGCUCCCUUGGGAGUCGGCUAGAGAAACCUCUCGGUGGCAUUCCAGGGAAGAAAUGCGGCACCGUUAUUGUGAAGGCUGAAGAACUAAACAAUUGCAGAGAAUCUGUAAUGAUGCAAUUUUGCGGCAACAAACUGGACAAGAAGGAUUUCUUUGGCAAGUCUGACCCUUUCCUUGUGUUUUACCGCAGCAACGAGGACGGAACAUUCACCAUUUGCCAUAAGACAGAGGUGGUGAAGAACACCCUGAACCCAGUAUGGCAGGCCUUCAAGAUCCCCGUCAGAGCCUUGUGCAAUGGAGACUAUGACAGAACAAUCAAGAUUGAAGUGUACGACUGGGACAGAGACGGCAGCCAUGAUUUCAUUGGAGAGUUUAGCACAAGCUACAGAGAAUUGUCCAGAGGCCAGUCCCAGUUUAAUGUAUAUGAGGUAAUUAAUCCAAAGAAAAAGGGAAAGAAGAAAAAAUACCUCAAUUCCGGAACGGUUACACUUCUAUCAUUCCUCGUGGAUAUUGAAGUCACCUUCCUAGACUACAUUAAGGGCGGGACUCAGAUUAAUUUCACCGUGGCAAUUGAUUUCACCGCCUCAAACGGCAACCCUGCCCAGCCAACCUCCCUGCACUACAUGAGUCCAUACCAGCUGAAUGCCUACGGCAUGGCUCUCAAAGCCGUGGGAGAGAUCAUUCAGGACUAUGACAGUGACAAGAUGUUUCCAGCUCUGGGCUUCGGUGCCAAGCUGCCCCCUGACGGCCGAGUAUCCCACGAAUUCGCACUGAACGGGAACCCACAGAACCCAUACUGUAAUGGAAUAGAUGGUGUAAUGGAGGCAUAUUACCAGAGCCUAAAGUCUGUUCAGCUCUACGGACCCACCAACUUCUCACCCGUCAUCAACCACGUAGCUCGGUACGCUGCCUCAGUGAAGGACGGUUCGCAGUAAUUCGUGCUCCUCAUCAUCACAGACGGAGUGAUUUCUGACAUGGCCCAGACCAAAGAGUCCAUCGUAAAUGCUUCAUGUCUUCCCAUGUCAGUUAUCAUCGUUGGUGUUGGACCAGCAGAAUUUGACGCGAUGAUCGAGUUGGAUGGGGAUGAAGUCAGGAUCUCGUCCAGAGGCAGAUAUGCAGAAAGGGACAUCGUGCAGUUUGUCCCAUUCCGGGACUACAUUGACCGAACAGGGAACCAUAUCCUCAGCAUGGCGCGGCUGGCAAAAGACGUGCUGGCCGAGAUCCCGGACCAAUUUCUGUCCUACAUGAGGACCAGAGGCAUCAAACCGUUACCGGCACCGCCUCCGUACACACCACCAGGACAGCCGCUACAGACGCAGAUCUGACCCACUCUCAUUAAUGUCUCUCUCUCCUUCUCUCUGAAUCUUCUAAUGAUGUGGAGGGGCACUUCUCCCCUUCUAUAUCUGUCUCUCUCUCACGUUGCACUAUAGGCACUGGAAGAAUGAUGACACCAUGGCCAAACAGGGCCAGUGAGGCCUAAAUUACUUCCAUUACAAGCAUUCUUCUGUCAGGGUCUCUCUCUCUCUCUCUGUUUCUCUCAAUUCUUCUCUCUCUCUCUCCCUCUCUCUCUCUCUCUCUCUCUCUCUCUCUGUCAGAGCCUGGUUUAUCUCUCGUAGCCUCACUAAAAUGGACUGAGCUUGACCUUUGUUCAGGCUAACUAGUCGAAUAAAGAAGAAAAGGUGGGAUCAGACGAUAGCAUUUCUCGAAGCUGCAUGUAUUUCCAGGAGAAGGGCCGAGGUUCUGCUUCCUCUGGCUGCCAAUCAUUCGACUGUUGUAAAUAACUUUGGAGACUGAUAAUUUCCUUUUACUUCUCUCUCUCUCUCAGCUCUCACUCAGUGUUUACAUGUUGAUGAUUUUGUAACUGUUGGAUACUUUUAUAUAAGCGUAAACUUUCAGUAUGAACUUUGGAAUACGACUUCUAUCUGCGUGUUGUCUUUGCCACGCAUGUCAGGCACUUAUUGUCACAUUAAUCGCAUUGCAUGGCGUGGAGUAACAGCCAGCUCCGCUUCGUGAUGCAUGAAGGCCAUGUUCGACCUCAUCUGAUUCGGUUUCUCGUAUUCACUUUCUUUCCUUUAUCUUUUUUUCCCCUACUUUCUCACAUCACCCUGGCACAAGCGAGGGGUUGGUGUGCACAUGGGUGUGUGGGUGUAUGUGUGCGCGUGUGUGUGUGAGCGUGUGUGCGUGCAUGUGUGUAUGUGUUUGAAAAUGUCUUCUGUUGUGUCUAAACUUUAGCAGCUGCUCUCAAAUAGAAUUUGAGACUAUGAGCCCAGUGGUCAAAAACACAGAUGCCAUUGUUUUUCUUCCAUUUCUGUCCUGUUCAUAUUUAGCAAAACAGAGUACAGAUGUUGUAUUGGUUUGUAAACUGUAAGUGUUGUUUAAAAAAAAAGUGUUGUUAUAAUUUAUCUUAAUUAGAAUUGCCCAAAGAUGUGGAUAAAAAGCACAGUUUACCAUUUCACAAUUUCUCCUGAACAACGUUCAUGCAGGAUGAGUGUUCAUACAGAGGAACAUCUGUACUUGCACAGAUUAAUAAGGUUUUCCCAUAAAAAAAAAAAAAAUUAUUAAACUAUAAUUAAAAUAUAACACAAUAAGGGUAUAUAUAUAUGUAUUAUAUAUAUUUUAUAUUAUUUUUUCAGACUGAUCCAUGUUUAGUGUAUCUGUAGUGUAUUUGAGAUUAGUACAGACAAGAAUUUCUAAUUAUUUCUCUUUAGUGAAAGUUUUCUUUAAAGUCAUUGUUAAUUGAAGUCACUGAUAAAGACAGUUUAUUUGGCUAAUGUGACGAUACGUAGCCAAAACCCGACUGCAACUGCAACUUCUGAAUUUUUUUUAAAGAACUUUUGUUCUACAGAUAUUUAAAUAUUUCAGAAUGACUAUUUUUACACGCCCCAGCACCUGGCCUUACACUUCCUUAAGUGAGUUUCAAAUAAUUAAAAUGUUCCAUUCUUUUCACAGUGUAAAGAUAUUAUGGAUGCAGUAGAUAGAGGUUACGUUUUAAAAUCCUGGAGUAUUUCUAUUAAUUAAUUAAGACUGGUCAGUAUUUGAAAUAACUGAAAUAACCCGAAAUCAUCUCUUAAAUUCUAGGCUAGUUUUAAAAUGUUAAUGUUAGUUGCCAGAUUUGUAUUAGGGAUACCCACCAUAUACAGUCAGCUUCAUAAAUACUGGAUAAUUUCAUAUAAGUACAGUUAUUGUACAAGAAUUUUAAAUACCUUAUUUUUAGAAAAAUAGUAGAAUCUUUUAAAUUUUAUUUUAUUUUUUUAAUGCAGUGUUUAAAAACUAUCAAGCCUUUACCCAUGACUUUUAGCACAUAUGGAAAUGAUGUGACAGAAUAUAAAAAUGUUACAAAUUGGACAAAGAAUAUAAAAAUAGGUACACCCCUGAAAAUGCUUAUAGCCACUUUUACAGUAUAACCACAAUUUAACAGUUGGGUCAGAGAAAGCCUUUUAAUUUACCCAAACAUAAAUGUAAACGUCUAGAAUCUGCUCUACUACUGAAAGUAAAAGACAAAAAAAGCCUUUCAAUUUAUGUGGCUUAAAAAGAAAGCUGUUAAAUAGAUAAAGAAACAAACCCCCACUGUAUUUAUUAUUUAAUAAUAUGUGAUGACGUAGAACUGUUUUUACUCCAAAGGCCUCAGGAACUUGCAUAUAGGCAUAUAGACAUGCAGUGGUGGCUUAACUGGUGGUUAAGACUGGGGUUAUUAAUCAGGGGUCACUAUAAAACAGCUCUAGAGCAAGCCCUUAAUCCUGUCUCCUCCUGGGGUGCCAUAUACCAGCUGACCCUGCCAUCUGACCCUAGCUUCUUAACCGGGAUAUGGGAAGAAUAUAAAUAAUUUCACAAAUAUGAAAAAAAUACAAAUGUGCCGUAAGGGGCAAGUGACAAAUACCUAAAUGUUAAUCUUUAAAUUUGGAUAGAUGCUAUAGAUAUAGCUCUAAGCAAGACAACAAUAAUUCUAAAAAGGUUAACUGACUAAUCCUAUUAAAGCUUUCGACAUAGGCUAAGGUUGACUGAAAAUCUGUGGAGUGAGCUGAAAUGGAGAGUCUGGGAUCAAUAAUGUAUCCUACCUAUCUACCUAUAUAUCCAUCUCUCCACCCAUCCAUCCACAAAUUAUACAAACGUAGGGAUACCCAAUAUUUUACCCAUCCAUUCCAAGGGUGUUAAUAAUUUUUGAGCUGACUGUAGAUAAAUGUUGUAGGUAUAUAAUUACUGUGUCAGUCAUUCUCUACCCUGUUUAUCAAUGACAAGGGACUGGAUACUGGACAGGUAGAGCAGUCAGAAAUUGUAUACCUACAAAGUACAUCAAUAUGGUAGAUGUACAGUACCUAAUGAACCAGUGUGUACAAGUGUAGAUAGAAGUUAGAUAUGUAAUAUCUUUUUUUAUCUUUUUUUUUUUGUCAUCUUACCGGCUCAGGUUUUUUUCCACACACAUAUAAAAGAAGAAUGAGUUCCGACCCUUUUGCUAAUGGUUAAAUAAUGUGAAAGGCACAAUAUGUAGCAAGUCGUAUUUAAAGAUAAAAACAAACACCUCACCAAAUUGAGCUUUUUUUUAAAAAAAAAAAUUGCAGACUAGUAUAGACUAGUGUAGCUAUGUUUUUCUUGGUGACAGCCACAUGUCAUCCAGUUCUACAACCUCUCAUGUAGCUCUCUGUCUCUGUGAAUGGGAGCCUGGAUUGCGAGUUAUUUUCUCACUCAAGUAAGUCAUACGAAUUUAAUGGCUGAGCUGCCUUUAAUUGCAAUCAGGAAUUUAUACAGUGAAGAACUGCUUUACAGUCUUACACAAAGCUUUUUUUUUUAAAGCCUUCAUGAAUACAAACCUUAAACGAACUACAGGCCAUUAGAGUUCAGAGGAACGGUGUACCUGUUUGUAUUUGUGUGUGUCAGUGUCUGUACACAUUGCAAACACUAACAUCAGGAGUACUAGCUGAGAUUUUUUAGCUCUUUGGCAGCUCCUUUUCUGCGCUCCUCAGUCCAACUAUGGUUCACAACGCCACAGCUUUGCCAAGUUCAAACACGUGUGUGGGUGUAUGAGUGGUUGUGUGUCUGUAUGGGUGUACAUGUGUGGUGCGCAUGAGUAGUGGUGAAGGAUUCAUUUGACGGAAUUGAGAUGUGAUUUCAUUCACACGGACUCUUGUUUACUGAAAAUAUCCAAAUAUAUUGUAUGCUUGUCAUAUCUUACUAUAUAAUGUGCACUAUGUUUGCAUGUACAGUUUUACAGGAGAUGCACUAGUUCUUUUUGUUAUUAAUAGAGUGUUUGGGGGGGGGUGUUUUAAAAAUGUCAAAAUAUCUGUACAAAAUGGCCUUAAUCUCUCACUGAAUUCUUGGAAUUGUGCAAUGCCUUCAGAUAUGAAUUGUUCUAUAUUUUGUGUCAGUGUAGAAUUGCUUUCUAGUGUAUAUUCUCUUGGCACAGAUUCAUGUAUGGAAAAAGAAAAAAAACAUAUUGUACUUUUUUGCUAAUCAGUGAAUAAUCAGAGAAAGCAUGAUUGCAGUACUGAUUGUCUGGUAAAUCCAUAUGAUAAAAUGACUAUUUCUGUAUUAAAGUAUUGAUUUUGGAAUAAACAUUCUUACUAAACAGUGCAA